AUGUCUUGUGAGGGAUGGGCACUCACUAACAGCAGCACCAUUUUGCUUACAGGGGCAACAGGCUUCAUCGGCCUGGCUCUGGCCUCAGAGUUAAUUAAGCGCGGCGCCUCUUUAAUCUGUACGCAUCGCAAAACCAGUGAUACAAAAGGCCUCCUCAAACUCUUUUCUUCUAGUCAGGUCAAACACAACCUUUGUGAGUGCAACUUUGAUGACCCCGUGACUGUAGAGCAGGCAAUCAGAAACUUACAAUUUGACACGGUGGUCCACUUAGCAGCAGUCUCAGCAUGGAGCGACCUUGCUCGUGUUAAUGCAUACGAUAGUAGCUUUGCAUAUACUAAAACGCUGAUCUCUGCACUGGCCCGCACUGCCAAGCAAGUCAACUUCAUCUACAUUUCAUCCGCUGCAGCAGGCCCAGCGAGAAGAACACUGUCUGAAAAGCCUGUGCCCGUGCUCCUGAACUACGCUUCUGCUAAGCGUGAUACUGAAGCCUUUCUAUUAAAGCAAUCCCCGGAUAUCGUGCGCAGACUUGUCAUUCUACGUCUGGCAGAGACAUACGGCCCGAACGAUGAUCGUCUGGUGACAGCGGGAAAUGUCAUGGAGUACAUUCAUAGACGCCUUAGUUUCAUCACCCCUGGUGGGCUCUCAAUUCUGCACCGGGACGACGCAGCACGCACUAUUGCAAAUGCCAUAUCAGCAGGGGCACACGGACAUAUAUAUUAUGUUGGAGGUGAGGACAUCACAAUCGCAGAAUUAGCAAGGGAAACCUCCAAGCUAUGCGGGACAGGAACAUUGUCCAUACAGCUUCCUAGGGCGCUGAUAAAACCCUUAGUUUACAUUGGAAGAAUCCUCCAUUUGACAAACUACCCACAAGAACUGACAGAAUAUGCAUGCAUGUAUUGGUUCGGAGACAGCAAACAUGCUGAAACAGAUCUUGAUCACACCCACCGCCCAGCACGAGAUACUCUCCGGGAUGUGGUGAGAUGGCUCCAGGCAUGCAGGGGUUACUCGUCCAGAAUCUAA